GACGGCGCGCAUGAUGGGAAAGCUCAGGGACUCCGUGAUGCCCGUGGACCCGCUCGGCAACGCCGGGCUGCUGUGCCAGGCUUGCGGCUUCCUGCUGAUCAAGCCGCAGCAGGCGGAGUGCGGGCACCGCUACUGCAGAGGCUGCGUGAAGGGGCUGUUCAGGGAUGCAGAAAAGGUGUUGUGCCGUACUUGCAAAGCAGGGCUGUGCCGCAGACAGUUCCACAGUGACAAAGCAGCAGAGAAUGACGCUCUGGUCACAGAAGUUGCCUGCCCCAAUUUUGACUGCACUUGGACUGGAGUCCUGAAAUCCUACCAGGAGCACGCCUGCCCCCUGGUGGCACACCUUGGAACUGCAAGGACAGCUCCCAAUCAAGAUGGGGAUGAAGGACAAGGGUCCUCCUGGAGUAUCAAAGAGCCCCUCAUGGAUGAUCCUGCUGUGAAUCUGGAGGUGGUCCAGAUGCGUGUGGAGGCCCUGGAGCUGAUGGUGGCUUCCCUUCGCCAACAGCUGAGCAGCCAGGUGGCUACGGUGAAGUCCCUUCAGCACUGCUGCUCCCAGUACGAGAGGUGGCUGAGGAUUUAUCGGGAGACCCGUGACAGCCCCCAUGGGAUCAAGGAGUCCGAGCCAACAGCACCUGAGCUGAUCAGCACAGAUGGGAUAUUGGUGUGGAAAGUGGAGAACUUCUCCAAGCUCCUGAGGGAUGCCAAGGCCGGAAAGAGGCGUUCCAUCUACUCUCCAGCAUUUGCCACCCACCCUUUUGGGUACCACCUCUGUGUCCGGCUGUACCCUGAUGGAGAUGGCAUCGGCAAGGGUGGCCACCUUUCGGUCUUCCUUGCCUUGGCCAAGGGGCCCUAUGAUGACGUCCUGCCCUGGCCCUUCCGGCAAAAGGUAACCUUCACUCUGCUGGACCCCACACGAAAGAGAUCGCCUGUGACGGAGACCUUCCUUCCAGAUCCGCACAGUGCCUCCUUCCACCAGCCUCAGGAAAGGCUCAACGUGGCCAGUGGGAGCCCCCUUUUUGCGAGCCAUGUUGAGAUUCCGGGCUACCUCAAAGAUGACACCCUGUACCUCAAGGUGGUCGUGGAUUUGGCAGGGAUAGACCUUUGAGACUGGAAGUCAACUGGGGAGAAGCCGAUGGAUGCUUUCUGCUCCUCUACCGACUUUGUCUUUUCUCUCAAAGCUCCCUUAACUCUCCCAAGGAAGGACCCUCCAGUGCUCUCAUCACUUCUGCCACCAACAAUGUUCACCACAAUUCUGCAUAUUAUUCAUGCUGUGAAUCAUGGAACGGCAGCCCCUGAUUCAUACUUCGGAGGAAUUUCCAAGAUCUUCUAAACCUUAUAUGGGCACUUCUAGUCCUCGUGUGUUUGUUCCUUAAUGGACACCUUUUUGGGAAAUGUUAAAAAUAUGAAAACAUAAUGGAUUGCCAGAUAAGGUCGUUCAAUGGUCACAAGCAUGAUACAAUAUCCUGGAUGCCAUCUGUUGAAAAAUAUCUACCAGCUGCCGAACUUGGCCUGCCUUGUUCCAGCUUUUCAGUUGUUUUUUUUUUUUUAAAGGACAUUUCAUUGCCAAAGGCGCUAAAAGCAGGAUGAUUUGCUCUUGAGGGUCUCCUAGGAGGACUUCCCCAUCUGGUUUGUGGGUGCCUUGAGAUUUUUAAGUACAAAGUCUGCUGCUGUGGGUUAGGGGGACAGGGGUGUUGAUCAGUAUGUUCACCUGCUGCCCACCUGCACAAUGCAGCUGAAUGUGACAUUUCUAUUUAUUGUUACUCUUACCUGUAGCACUUUCCAGUGGUCUAGGGGCUUUGCAAUAAUCACUAGGGAUUACCAGACACAUAUCCUUAGACACGACAGGGGUUUUUUUGCUACCUCGUAUUCUAUUUAUUAACCGUAAAGGUUUCAUCAUGUAAUAACAGUUCCUUGGCAUUUUUAUGCAAAUUGUAAUAUUAAAAUAUUUAUAUAAUA